UAGUAUACUAGUAUGUGAGCAUCAUCGUGUUUUAUCCACAGUUCACGUAGCAGUGUACAUGCAUUGAGUAUUUUUAUUUAAUCAAUUCAAAGUAAUUCUCUCGUCGCUCGUAAUUCGUCGCUCAUCGGUGGAAAAUGCAGACGAGUAUAUCACGUAUGACGUGAUAAUCAAGAUAUCGCAGCGGAUCGUCGCCUGUAGGUGUCCAAGCAAAAAACAAAACAAAACCUAACCUCUAAGUGAGGUGUGCGUUGUUUGUGAAUUUUGUUAUACUUUGCAUUUUUUUGAUUGAAUCAGAGAUCUGCGCGCGAUAAGUAUGUCGUCCACGCACUUGUCGCGCAGGGAAGUGGAUGAGCUUCGACCAUUGAUUGAUCGCAGCAUCAGCAGGUUCCUCGGGAUUAGCGAGCCUUCCAUCACUUCUACCGCCCUUCACUGUCUCGAAGCUGGCUAUGACAAACGUAAAACAGCAGCUAAAUUGUCAGCUUUGCUUGAUGAUAAGAAAGCUGCGAAAGUAGCUGAGAAAAUCUUUGUAGUUUAUGACGAUGUCAAAGCCUCACACAAAUCCAAAAAACGUACACAUGAUGAAAGAGAUAAGGAGAAAGAUAAGGAAAGGGAAAGGAUCAGAGAAAAAGAAAGGGAAAGAGAAAGAGAAAGGGAUGCUAAAAGACCAAGAACCAAAGAGAACGACUCAAAGAAAUCAAGUCGCUCAAAUCAUGUAUCCCUUACCGAGGAACAAAAGGAUAAAGAAAAAGCUAAGGCAUUUAUGGAAAAUGCACAAAAGGCAAUCAAAGAAAGACAAAUGGCCAUGGGUCAUAAAGUGCCACGACAAGAACUUGAGGCAAUCAAGCCUCUACUUAAUGAGAGUCUUUUAGUGAACACAGUUGGUUCUACCUACAGUCAUGGCCUUCUUACUAAACCAGAUGCUGCGAAAGCACAGAAACUUGCUGCCCUACAAGCAGCCAUUCAGAAUAAAUUGAAGGCCGGUAUAUUGAAUUUAAAUGCUAAUGUAGACAAACCAAAACCUUUGAUUCUGGAUGAGUCUGGAAGAACUGUGGAUCACACUGGCAAAGAAGUACAUCUAACUCAUGUCGUCCCGACGCUCAAAGCUAACAUUCGCGCCAAGAAGAGGGAGGAAUUCAAGGCUCAGAUGCAAGAAUCCAAAGUUCCUGAAGAUUUCCAGGAAACUCACUUUUUUGACAGUCGUAUAGGUAUAAAGCCGGCAGUGAGGAACAAAAGAGCUCUUAAAUUUCACGAACCAGGUAAAUUCAUGCAGAUGGCAGAGAGAAUUCGUAUGAAGGCUCAGUUGGAAAAGUUACAAAGUGAGAUCAGUCAAAUUGCUAGGAAAACUGGCAUCAGCUCUGCAACGAAAUUAGCAUUAAUUGCUCCAAAGACUGAAGCACUAAAUGAGGAUGUACCUAAUGUUGAUUGGUGGGAUUCUGUGAUUUUGACGAAAGAUUGUGAUCUCAAUUCAAAAGAUAUUAACUCCAUGAUUGACUUUUCCACUAUUACUAAUUUAGUUGAACAUCCUGCACAGAUGAGGCCACCCACGGAACCGACGAAACCUAUAUGCAUGCCAAUCUUUCUUACAAAAAAAGAACGUAAGAAACUUCGUCGUCAAAAUCGUCGCGAAGCUUGGAAGGAAGAGCAGGAGAAAAUUCGUUUGGGUUUGGAGCCUCCACCAGAACCAAAACUUCGUAUUUCUAAUUUGAUGCGAGUUCUUGGAACUGAAGCUGUACAAGAUCCAACAAAGAUCGAAGCUCACGUGCGUCAACAAAUGGCUAAGAGACUAAAAGCUCAUGAAGAUGCAAAUGCUGCUAGACGUUUAACUGCUGAUCAGCGACGUGAGAAAAAAGCGAGAAAACUCAAGGAGGAUACUUCUCUUGGAGUUCAUGUAGCUGUAUUUAGAAUACGCGACUUGGUGAACAACGCAUCCAAAAAGUUUAAAGUGGAGACGAACGCAAAACAGUUGUACUUAACUGGUUGCGUGAUGUUAUACCGUGACUGCAACGUAGUAGUAGUCGAGGGUGGUUUGAAACAAAUCAGCAAAUAUAAACGUCUGAUGCUUCACCGUAUUAAGUGGGAAGAAGACACAACAAAAGACACCGAAGGCAAAGACGUUCCAAAUAAAUGCGUUCUCGUGUGGGAAGGAACAAGCAAACACCGUCACUUUGGCGACAUCAAAUUCAAGGUUUGCCCGAUUGAGAAACAAGCUCGCGAGCAUUUCAAAAAACACCAAGUCGAACAUUACUGGGAUCUAGCUUACAGUGGUGCUGUACUCGAUAACACUGAUGAUACUGCGGUCUGAGCAAUGACUUUCUUACGCCAAGGACACUGGCUUCUGUACAUAUAUGAUAAUGAUAAUAAUGAUGAAUUGAUUACCAAUGAUAGCGAUGGUUUGAUGCUUGUUUCUUGCACCUUUUAUUUAUUAAAGAUGAGCAAGAACAAGGAGAGAAAUCAGUACGAGAGGCGUAUCAGGGAUAAGAUUUUUAUCUGGUAUUGUACAAAGUUUACUUACUGAGUGAAUU